AUGAAAUAUUUAUUUUUGUUAUCUUUAUUUGUAAUUUGUCAUUAUUCUUUAGGUAAUAAUAAUGAUACCAAUGAAAUUACAACAACACUCCCUAAUAUUACACCAAUUCCAAUGGAAAGUUUAAAUCCAAGAUUAAAAGAAUUUCGUAGAAUUGAUCAAAAUAAAGAUGACAAGUUAACUUUUGCUGAAUAUUUACUCGGAGAUCGUAAUUAUCUUGAGCAACAGUCAAGAAAUUUUCAUAAUCUAGAUAUGAAUGGUGAUGGGGAAGUAGAUAGAAAUGAAUUUAAUAGUUAUUUUAAGAAACAAGAUGAAACAAGAAAAAUUCAAGCACUUCAAGCUGAUAAUUUUUUUAAACAAUUCAAUCCACCCCUUUUAGAUAAUAUGGAUAGUCAAUCACAAAAUAUGGGAAAUAAUGUUUUUGGUUUUCCUGGUCAAGGAAUGUUUAAUUUAAAUGUUCCCCCUCAACAAAAUGAUCCAUUACCAUCUUCGUCUGGAAAAAAAGUUGAUAAUAAAACAACACAAUCAACAUGA